GUUGUAUUUAAGAGCAAGAAAGUAGUGGACAAGAAGGAGAUACAACAGAAGAAAGAUGAAAGAGCAAAUGAUGUGGUAAUCAAGUCAAUUUUGCAGAGACCAAAGCCAAUUAUAACAAUUGUUGCAUCAAUCUUUCCUCCUCAUAUCCUAAUAGAACGCGAUAAACGCUCCCCAAAAAAACUACUUCGCACGCCCCAAUUAGUCCCCCAAAAUACUUCCAAAUUGGAACUCUGCAAUUACCGUCGCCGUCCAACAAUCAUGCCAGCUAGCAAGUAGAUCAUCCCGAAGCUCUCAGAUUUGAAAUCUUCAAGCAUCUUCGUUCGCGCGGCAGCUUUGAAUCCGACGACAUCGGCAGGAAGAUAGCCGUUAUUUUUGGCAGUCGUACGGGUCGCGUCAUGCUUCAUCUUCUCCGCCCAUCCAUUACUGUCUUAUCCAGCUAAUUAGCGGGCAACACAACAGCACUUAACUUCUGUCCAAUCGGAGUCCGAAGGCAGGAGACGAGGGACUUGGGUUAUGUCCGAUGAGGAAUCAAAGUGAAGCAACCCCAAGCUUCAAAAAAUGGCAACCGUCCUGUUCCAGACAACAAAGAGCAAAAUCCCGUAGUCAAAACUCAUCGAUUCAAUAACAUGAGUUCCAGAUUGCUUCAAGAGGAAAGGUGAAUGAUUACAUUAAUUCUGGCCUUGGUCUGCUUCAAAAUCAAUAUCACAACGGCUUACAAAUUAAAGCCUUAGGGAAUGCUAUAUCCAAAGCUGUGGCUACUGGUGAAUUGUUAAAAGCUCGAUUGGGGGGUUUGAAAUAGAGAGUUAUUACCUCAAUGACAAAUGGGGUUUCAACAUUCAUAAUAACUCUCACAAUAUGCAAGCCCCAAACCCCGGUGAGUCAGACUAGCUGCCGCCAAAGACAAAAUCAUAAAUAUACUUAUGCUCAAAGGUCACCGAGAGAGCAUAUGGAAUGGAGGAAGAGGCCCAGUGAACCCCAUGUCAAGGGAAAUUUUGCGGAGGGGGCUACAGCUACACAUGCUACUGGUUGCUCUAGAGGAUUCCAAAAUCCUCAACUCAUAGAGAUAAUUGAGGAAGGGACAGAAUCUGAGGUAGCUCUAAAGGAUAUUAAUGUGAGGAGCAUGCCGGAGCCGCCGAAGGCUGGAUCGGAGAAGAAAGUGAAUCUAUUAAGUAGGCUCAAAGCAAUCCAUGUUUCUAGGAAGUGGAAACGUCUACCCAACAACUCUUCUUCAACAGACCCUUCAAAGUAUUGUCAUCUGUCACUUGCUAGUAACAGGAGUGCUGAGAAUGAUCAUGAAAUUCAAUCGUUAUGGAGGAGGAGCAAAUCUCUUGAGGAGGUCCAGGCAGACAUCAAUGUCGCUCGGGGAACACAGACUUACAAGAAAAGGAAGCUGGUGGCACAAAACGGUCAGGUAACAUUCUUUGAUUCUAACUUCAAUGUGCCUAUCAUUAGUAGUGCAAUAAAAUCUUUAAAAGGUUUUGCGGUGGUUGUACCAAAUCAACCGCCUUCGUUGAUAUGA